GUGAUUUUGCCCAGUCAUUUCGAUUUUCUUGUGUUGAAAAAGAAAUCGUCGAGAGUUAAGACUACCUGUCUGUUUUCCUCCAAAAGUAGUACGAAUAUUUGGUUUAGCCGAUUUUACCUAAAAUUAUUUCUGCGAGUGGUGUUGUAACACUUGGCUAAAAUUCGCGAAAAAUGCCGCUGUACAAAGUCAACGUGAAAUGGGGAAAGAACAAGUACGAUGACAUCCAGACCAACACCGACGAGCCUCCGGAACUGCUGAAAGCCCAGCUGUUCGCUUUAUCUGGAGUUCCGCCUGAUCGCCAGAAGCUGAUGAUCAAAGGCAAAACCAUUCAGGAUGCCGCAUGGGGCGACGUGAAGGUGGCGGAUGGAGCGACCAUUAUGAUGAUGGGCAGUGCGGACGCCUUGCCAGCGGGGCCUCCAUCACAGGGUCCCGGGAAAGGCCAAGGGGCAGCAGAAUCCUCCGAACACGAAGACCAUGACUCCGAAAUGCCGUUGGGUUUGGCCAAUCUGGGCAAUACGUGUUAUCUGAACGCCACCCUCCAGUGUUUACGCGCCGUGCCCGAAGUGCGCAAAGCCCUCAAGCAGUAUAAAGGCAAAUUUGUGGGCUGGGAUUCCGAGACGAACAAGGCCCAAUCCCUGACAUCCGCCCUGAAAAUGUUGUACGACGAGAUGGACAAUUAUCCGGAGCAGGUGAUCCCGGUGGUGAUGGUGGAGAGUCUGCGGCGUGCGUAUCCACGCUUUGCCGAGACGGGUGAACGCGGUGCCUACGUGCAGCAGGACGCUAAUGAAGCCUGGACGGAACUGAUCAGUAAUCUGCGCAGCCAGCUGCCCAAUGUGAUGCCAGUGGAACGCGGAGGAGCGUUCUUGUCCGGUCGGCAUUUGACCGCGGAAUCCAGUGGGCCAUUGUCGUCCAUCAACAACGUCAUCGAACAGUACAUGUACGGUGAAUUGGAGGUGACGAUGAAGUGUAAGGAAUCCGACACGGAACCGGAAGUGCGUUCCAAGGAGAAGUUCCUCCAGCUCAGCUGUUUUAUCAGCCAGGAUGUUCGUUAUUUACAGGCGGGACUGCAGAACCGGAUGAAGGAGACGAUCGUCAAGCGCGCCGAGACGCUGGGCCGCGAUGCGGAAUUCGAUAAAAUUCUCAAGCUCACUCGCCUUCCAGCUCAUCUGACGGUGCAGUUGAUCCGUUUCUUCUACAAAGAACGUGCCGCUGUGGGAGCGAAAAUCCUGAAGGAUGUUAAAUUCUCCAUGAAUCUGGAUGUAUUCGAUCUCUGCUCGGAGGAAUUGCAGAAGAAGCUCACACCACAGCGUCUGCAGUUUAAAGCUUACGAAGAAGCGGAAAUGGAGCGCGUCGUCAAAAAGGCGAAGCAGGGUGAGAAACAUGAACCGAAUAGCGGCGGUUCGGUGAAGUACGCUCCGUACUGGUUCGAGAAUGAUGUGGGAUCGAAUAACAGUGGGUAUUAUGAACUGGAGGCGGUUCUGACCCAUCAGGGACGAACUAGUAACAGUGGUCAUUACGUGGCUUGGAUUCGGCGCACUCCGGAGGUGUGGAUGAAGUUUGACGAUGAUACGGUGACCGCGGUGAGCACUGAGGAGGUGCUGAAACUGUCGGGUGGCGGUGAUUGGCACUGUGCGUACAUUUUGCUGUAUGGCCCGCGACGUUUGCCAUUACUGCCACCGGAAGAGUCGGAAAAGAAAGUAUCCCAGAUGAAUCCAGAUAUACCAAUGGACUGAUUCGAAGAACAUUGAUAUUCGUACAACUGGUGGUUAUUUAUAAAACCGUUCUCGUUAACAUUGGUUCGACCAGUUCUGUAGCAUUUUUGAUUUAUGUGAAACGGCGUUUUUUAAAAAGUUUUUUGGCUGAUAAAUCUGUAGCAAAUGUUCGGCAGAUAUACCGUUAUUAGUGGUUUACGCAUUAUAAAACUGAAGAAGAACAGCUUGGCUGCAAAAAUUGGCAUAGUUUU